AUGGCUGCGCUCCGCCUUCUUUCCACGGGGCGACGGCUUGGAGCCCUAGUGGGCCACUGGGGAAGGGGAGGGUCCGGGCCCAGGCCCGCCCCCGCCCCCGCCCUGUCCACGGCUUAUGCUCUCUGCUUCUCCAGCAGCCCCCACUGCUGCCAACCAGUCAAAUUCUACGCAGACGCAGUAGAAGCCAUCAAGGAUAUACCACACGAUGCCACCAUCCUGGUGGGCGGGUUCGGUGUCUGUGGGAUCCCGGAGAACCUGAUCCGGGCCUUGCUGGAGACCCAUGUGAAGGGCCUCACUGUGGUCAGCAACACCGUGGGCUUGGAGCACUUUGGCCUGGGCCUCUUAAUGACCAGCAAGCAGAUCCGCCGAGUCAUUUGCUCCUACAUUGGGGAGAACACCCUCUGCGAGCACCAGUACUUGACUGGGGAGCUGGAACUGGAGCUGACGCCCCAGGGCACACUGGCUGAGAGGAUCCGAGCAGGCGGUGCUGGGGUGCCCGCCUUCUACACGAGCACAGGCUAUGGCACCCUGGUCCAGGAAGGAGGCAUUCCUAUCAGGUACUAUGACGAUGGCGACUUGGCCAUCAUCAGUAAGCCCAGGGAGGUGAGGGAGUUUCAUGGCCACCAUUAUCUUCUGGAGGAAGCCAUCACAGGAGAUUUUGCUUUGGUGAAAGGGUGGAAGGCUGACCGUGCAGGCAACAUUAUCUUUAGGAAAAGCGCCCGGAAUUUCAACCAACCCAUGUGCAAAGCUGCCAACACCACCGUGGUAGAGGUUGGAGAGAUUGUGGACGUUGGAUCAUUUUCCCCAGAGGAAAUCCAUGUCCCUAGCAUUUAUGUAGACCGCUUGAUAAAGGGAGAGAAGUAUGAGAACUUAAUUGAGUGGGCCCAAAAAGCCGGGGUGGACAAGCACACCCCUGCCAAUGAUCUGAAGACCCGAAUUAUCAAACGGGCAGCUCUGGAGUUCAAGGACGGCAUGUGUGUGAAUCUGGGAGUAGGAAUCCCUCUGCUGGCCAGCAACUUCAUCAGCCCCAACAUAACUGUCCACCUUCAGAGUGAGAACGGAAUCCUGGGCUUGGGGCCGUUCCCAUUAAAAAAUGAGAUGGAUGUGGAUCUCAUCAAUGCUGGCAACCAAACAGUCACUGUUAUUCCUGGGGCCUCUUUCUUCGCCAGUGAUGAGUCCUUUGCCAUGAUUCGGGGAGGCCACCUCGAUCUGACCUUACUGGGAGGAAUGCAGGUUUCCAAAUAUGGGGACCUGGCCAAC